AUGUACAGAAAGGUCUCCGAGCGGUACCGGUGCGCCGAGACAGGCGCCCUGCCCCCCCACAUCUUUGCUGUGGCCAGCCGGGCCUACCAUGGCAUCCUGGGUCACGGGAAGUGCAGCCCCCAGAACCAGUGCAUCGCCAUCAGUGGAGAGAGCGGUGCAGGGAAAACGGAGAGUACGCAGCUGUUGUUGAAGCACAUAAUAUACCUAUGUAAAGGCAACUUGCAUUUGGAACAGCAGAUCCUUCAGGUAAAUCCGUUGCUUGAGGCUUUUGGCAAUGCCCAGACUGUGAUGAAUGACAACAGUAGCCGCUUUGGAAAAUACAUACAGCUGCAUUUCCAGAAGAAUACAGUACAAGGCGCAAAGCUGAGCGUGUACCUGUUAGAGAAGUCACGGGUAGUGCAACAAGAUGCCGGGGAGAGGAAUUUCCAUAUCUUCUUCUAUAUGUUUGCUGGACUCUCAUCAGAGGAAAAGGAGAUGUAUGGGCUAUUGGAUCCUUCACUCUACAGGUACAUAAGUGGACAGUUUGGUACACAGGAUGUAGCUCAGCGUUGGGAACGCAAAUACCAAGAGGUGUGCAAUGCCCUUGACAUGGUGGGCUUCCAAGAACAGGAGCAAGUGGACAUGCAGACUAUCUUGGCUGGUGUGUUGUCUCUGGGCAAUGUGACCUUUGAACCUGAGGGCAAUGGGUCUGUAAAAGUGAGCAAAGCUUCCCAUGGAUGGCUGAAGGUUGCAGCGGUUCAGUUUGGCAUCCAAGAAGAUGAACUGUUAAAAUGCCUUAUUUGUACAACGUCAGUGACCCGAGGCGAGCAGAUUCAGCGUUUUCACACCCAGCAGCAGGCAGAAGGUGCUAGGGACUCCAUUGCAAAGGAGGCCUAUGGCCGAGUAUUUGGCUGGAUUGUUUCCAAGAUCAAUGAGCUGCUGGCUGAGAAGGUGGAUUCUGAGGAGGAACUGGGGGAGAUAGGUAUCUUGGAUAUUUUUGGGUUUGAAAACUUUGCAGUGAAUCGUUUCGAACAGCUUUGCAUAAACUUGGCCAAUGAGCAGCUGCAGUACUACUUCAACCAACACAUUUUCCAGCUGGAACAGGCUGCCUAUAAGGAAGAAGAGAUACCUUGGGAGGCUAUCACGUUCAACAACAAUGAACCUGUUCUGAAUCUGUUCCUGGCCAAGCCACAUGGGCUCCUGUCUCUUCUGGAUGAGCAGAGUCCAUUCCCUCAGGCAACUGACAAGAUGUUUGUGGAUAACCUAAACAGCAGCUUCAAGGGGAAUUUACACUUCCAGCCAGGUCGAGGCGAUGUUUUGGGCUUCAGCAUCCUUCACUACGCAGGGAAAGUACAAUAUACUGCUGAGGGCUUUCUAGAGAAGAACAGAGAUGACCUUCCAGCCAGUAUCCAUGGGCUCUUCAUGAAUAGCAUCAACCCCUUGCUCAGUGUACUGUUUACAGCCACUCUCUCCAGGACGGGGACAUUGAUGCCUCAUAAGAAAGCCAAGGUCAUACCAGGAGCAGACAAGAAGUUCAACAGCACACAAAAACAAACUGCUGGAGCUCAGUUCCGGCGUUCCCUGAUGAUGCUCAUGGAGAAGAUGUAUUUUGCCAACUCUCACUUUGUGCACUGUAUAAAACCCAACAGUCAGAAGAAGCCAGGUGUGGUGGAGAGCCAGGUGGUGCUGCAGCAGCUCCAGUACAACGGACUGCUGGAGACAAUCCGUAUCCGGAGAGAUGGUUUCUCCUGGAGACCCUCAUUUGAGGAAUUUGUUAAAAGAUAUGGAAUUAUUCUACUUAAACAAGAUGUUCCCUUCACAAAAGAAAGCUGCUUGGAGAUACUGCAAAGUACAGAGCUGACAGGCUGGUUAUGUGGGAAGUCACGACUUUUCUUUAAGUAUUGGCACCAGGAGCAGCUGGCGAAGUAUGUGGAGAAACUGGAAGGAGCAGCAGUUGUCAUACAGGCAGUUUUCAGGGGAUUCAGAUGCAGGAAGAGUUACCUAAAACUGGUGGCUGAGCCAAGAGCUCAGGCACAGCGGCUACAGGAGGAGGCAAAGAGAGAAAGAAUCCAGCAGAUGGUGAUGAAAGUAGAUGCCCGCAAAAGAAUCCCACUUCCAGUCCCCAUACCUCGAAAGAGACAUCCUGAGCCUUGUUCUCUUGAUAAGCCGCCACAGCCACGCAGCACACUAACAGAGUCCACUCCUUUUGAUAACUAUUUGGACCCGUCUGCACCUUUCCCUGUUCUGGGGACAGAGGAACAGACUGAUGCAAAACCAAAAAUGAGGCAACUCCACAGAGGAGCAGCUUUCCACAUGUUCAAAGACACACAAGCCCAGAAGGUCAUGAAGGAUGAUGGAGCCUUCUCAAGCUGGAUGCAUGGGAUGAUCAGCCGGAGGGAAGCUGAAAACUUGCUGAGUGACAAGCCUUUGGGUUGCUUCCUUGUUCGGAUCAGCAAGAACCGACCAGGCUACACACUGACAUACAGGGGUCAGCAUGGCUGCAGACACUACAUGAUCCAGGUGCAGCGUAAUGUGCGCUACGUCAUCCUGGGGGAAGACCGGGCUCACGCCUCCCUCGCUGAACUGAUUCAGUAUCACCAGAUGGUGGGCAUCCAGCCCUUCAUGGAGACACUGACUGUUCCCUGUGGGCAGGAAAGUAGCGAAAGUCUGGACUAUGAAGAUAUGGAGUGCCUCACGCAGGGCCCGCCAGCUGCCGAGGGGGAGACCCCUCCAGAGGUCCAGCCCUGCACCUCCAAACCUUCCACCAGUAGAUCUGCUCUGUGGUCAGGAGCAGCCACAGUUCUUGGACGCAGGUGGCUCAAGAAGAGCAAGAGUUCUCAAACUCAAGAGAGCCUGGACAAAAGUAGGAAAAAGCCAAGCUCAGGCAAGGAGAGAGGCAGGCAGCGAGCCUUACCUCGCCUCUGCUCUUCCAUACGCCUGGCAAUGCAGGAAAUCCGGCAGUUCUCAUUCACUCCCUUGAAGUCUUCUGUACAGAGCUGUGAAACUCGCAGCAAUGAGGAUGCAGAGCCCAAGUGACAAGGUAAGAGGAGGCAGCCAGGUCAUCUUCCAGUGCUGCUGGGCCUUGCCUAACUGGGUGAACAUACCCAGACAUACAGCAGACGACUUUUUUUUUUGUUCUUGUUGCACCUGGUUGGCCUUGUGCCUUUAGCCACAACUGCUGCAGAAAUUAACUUUCAUCAGCACUCAGUAGCUGAGGCUACUCUAUCUGUGGUACCUGGACCUGCCUGAGGGGAGAGGAUGGGAAUGGUAACACUCUGCACAGACCCACAGUGCCUGAUAGUCUGUGUGUCAGUACUUCAGUGUGCCUGGAGACCCCUCACCUCACACUGUUAAUAGUCACAAACUGGAUAUUUCUCAGCAGCGUGUUCUCUCAGGUACCUGUACUGAUUUCCUACCUCUUUCUCGUCAAGUCCUCUGUUUUGAUCCUGUUCAUCUGCUGCUCUGGGUGCGAAGGGACGCUGGACUUUGCCAGUAAGGAAUU